CAAAGAAACGAGCGUCGAACCAAGCCGAAUCGAGCCGAGUUGUCCCGAGUCGAGAGGUCUGGACUCGAAUUAUUUCUUCGUCGAAUCAGAAAGUCGAGCGAUUUGCCGCUAUUGUUGUUCCACGAAAUGUCACGAUUGCUGUGACAGUUGCUGGAAAACGGAGCAUGCACACGUUCCAAUCACUGUAAAGUUGACAUUAUUUACUUUUUGCAUGAGAGGAUAAAGCGGCGAUCAUCGCCGAUUACCGUCAGUUAUUGAUUUCCUCGCCUCGUACAUAUAUCUCUCUCGCGUCAAUAUCGCGAAACAGUAUGUGCCGGUACUAUUGAGCAAUUAUCGUUGUCGAUCGCGAAUCCUUUUAACAGCAAGACAUGAUAGAUAAUGAAGAAAUAGCGACAAGCUCUUCGGGCGGAAAAAGAAAAAUUAUAAGAUUGUUGCACUAAGAACUCGAAGGAAUGGAAUGCUACUUAACAAAUGAAAUGGCGGAUGCAGAUCCACAGCUCAAACGCUUUUUACUGCCAGCAGAGGAAACCCUGUUUGAGCAGUUAUUGAGAUUUGGCCUUUAUGUGGGCGCAAUAUUUCAAAUUAUGUGCCUGUUAUCUAUAGUAUUAUAUCAGGCAGGUCCAUCUGAUGGUGUGGCAGCUUUAAAAGAUGAUCCAAGUGAUGUAGAAUGUUCUGAAAACAGUCCACAAGUGACGCCAAGAAGACCUCAUCGGCCACGUAAACAAGAGAAGAAGAAAAGACGUUGAGAUACUCUUUAUGUAAUAAUCCAGUAUUAUAUUAUAAUAUUUAUUACUUCAUAUGUAUGUAAACAUCAUCAUUGCAAUAUGUAAUUCCUUAACUGUUGCAUAUCUAGUAUAAGUUGUUUAUUAAAAAGACUUUUUUAAUUGUGUAAUGUCAAUCUCUUAAAUAUAAAAAGUUUUAAAUCAUA